CUCUACUCAUGUCGAGGGUAGAACAAUGAUUAUAUAUGUCGCUAGAUCGCUAGAGGCGAAAUCGAUGAUGAUGGGUAGAAAAGCGGAGAUCAAUUUCUUCCUAGACAGACAGAAAUACAAGGUCAUUGUUCGUUCUUGGUUACCUAAGAACGAAUGGGAAACGGUAAGAGAGAAGGAACGGGUGGAAAAUUACUGGGUAAUGGCCACCCGUUUUUCGUUAUACUCAAUGUCAUUUAUUCGUACGAUGAUUAAAAAGGCCAUUGGACCGAUUAUUAAAGAGUUCGACCCUAUAGAAGACGAGUCGAUGCCUCAUCUGGUUAACGCAAAAUUUGGCAUUGAUAGAAAGUUUGAGUCCAGAUUUAAGUCGAUCUUGUCCCUCAAGGUAGGUCUUGAAACGAUGUCGGCGGACCUGGUCGAUAGCAACACCCCAUGGUGUAAAUUUUGUAGAUGGUAUGGUCACUACGCCGCGGAUUGUCCGGAUAGAGGGGACAGAGAUCAAGGGGCCGGCCCGUCUAGGCCGAAUCAGGAGAACGGGAACCAUCAGACGAAUUCACAAGGACAAGAGGGGCGAGGCAACAUUCCGGCUCCAGGGAGGUCAUACGUACCACCGCCUCCUCUCAYAGUUCMAGGAGYGGGAACCAGAAAUCCRGGGGCCAYCACAGGGAGCGUCUCCCACAAUGCAGCACCUGCCAGUAACGAGACCCAUACUGGGGCUCCGAGCGCAGGACCACCGCCGAUCUUCAGACCGACCACUCGCGGCCACUCGACAGCAACAGGUCAGGGAACGAGCAGAGCAUUUCCGCCUCCCAAUCCCACUAGAGGAGGAGGCAUCCAAGAUGUAAACCAGAGCAGCACACAGGCUGAUCUGAGAAGAUCGAGGGAUGAGAGACCUGGGCUCCAUGCGCUGGGAUCAGCGGGAGGAAAUACGACCCCAUCRGGAGUCACCCCCCCGCUCMGCAGCAGAGCAAGAUACUCCAGCAAUUCUCCUUUGGAAAAACGCUCGGCGGGUCAAGCAGCCUCUACUUCCUCCCAGUUGAAACCAUUCUCUCUACAGUCUAGAGGGAGGGGGAACACAGGAGGAAGAGGGAUUAGUGGGAGAAGGAAAGGAAAUACCUCUAUGGUUAUUUCCAUUCCCACCUCUCCUAGAUCCCCGGGCAUUGGCGCCAAGACAGUGGAUGGGAACCUACAAGUCUCGCCGACGAAGUACAGUCGAAAAGACCAGCCAGCAGCCCCAUCGGUAGGUACUCAAGCAGCAGCAGCCAGCAGUACAGCGACAGUUCAGCAGACUUCGGUCUCCUCGUUGGUAUCCUCCUUUGAGAAAGGCAUUUCGCCUGAAAUAUCCCUUUCUAGUGGGAUGGGACAUCAAGACCACCCCCCUAACACGAUCGGGGUUCAACAGGAGCCAGCGCUGAUGAACUCCAUCACAAGAGAACAUCAAGCGAAUCAGACCCUGGGAAAUAGACCUCAUGCACAUCCAGGACUCUGUCACAGGGGGUGCCCAAGGCUAGCGGGUCCAGCACAGCGAUUCGCGCUGUUUGCCGCAGUCCAAGUGGCGGUCGUUGUUCUAGCUCUCGGCUAUGGCUGCCAGAUGGUGUCUGCUGGCCGCCCCGCCGCUGAACAGCGGCUGGCGUCCGCCUUGAGCUCGACCCUCGCGGCGAAGGGUCCCAUUGUGGUGACCAUCACUGAGGACAUCGUACUCACAAAGGCACUGCCGUACAUGGAAGGUAGCCAUUCUAUCCUUAUCAAGGGAGCGUGCGGUAGUCGCAAAUGCGUCGUUGACGGUGCGGGCAAGUACGGCUUUUUCUCGUCGUACGGACCGAAACUGACUAUCGAGGACCUGAUCGUGCGCAAUUCCGGCGAGCUGGCUAUCUACGCCAAGACCGACCUCAAACUGACACGUGUCGUCUUGACGGGAAACAAAGGGGGCGCGGUCUCGGUCGGCAAUGGAGGGAACGCGUGGCACAUCGAAGAUUGCCAUUUCGAGAACAACGACGGCUCCGCCCUUCUCCUCUCCACUUCCGGCAGUGGGAAAGUCGUCCGUACCACGUUCAGGUCCAACAGGGCGGCAGGGAAUGGUGGAGCCGUGGUGAUUGACGCACGGGCGCAGAGUUACGUCUUCGAUCACGUCACCCUGGACUCGAACACGGCUGGAAAGAGUGGCGGCGGCAUCUUCAUCGAGGGGUUAUACUCGCCGUACCCUGAGAGGAUGAAGGUGCUCAUCUCGGGAUGCAAGUUCACGAAGAACGUGGCGAAGGGCGGCCCCGGCGGCGCGCUGGCAGUGGGCUCGUAUGUGAAAGCGCGCAUCUGUCGCACCUCCAUCGCCGGGGCUGGGAACACAGCAAAGGGCGGGAAAGGCAACGACGUCGCCGUCGUGUCCAGCGAUUUUCAAAGGCUUCCAACGGCCGUGUCGGUCUGUCCAAAGAAGGGUCUUUCCCUCUUCGUCGUCCCGGUUCCAAAAAUUCCGAUGGUUCAACAUCCGGUCGUUCGCGAGAACUGCGCGGUCUGCUAAUUGCCGCGCUAAUUAGUGCAUGUCCGCAAGCCGUAUCACAGUAUAGA